GUCAUCAGAAUCGAGAACAAGUGCUGGCCUCAAAGACACUUUUUCAUCAGAACAAUCGACAAAAAGUGCUUGUGCUGGCUUCAGAGACAUUUCGUCGGAAACGGAACCGCGAAAAAAAGGUGGCGUCAAAGACAACAGCUGUGAUAAGACAUCCAGGCCAGCACUACUUCCAUCCUAUACAUGUAGCUGUUCGUCUUGGUUUUAUUUAUGUCGUGGUUCUGCGCAGGGGCUGGACUCACCUCGAAGUCCGCAAAAUCUCAGCGAAGAUGACACCCU